AUGAAACCUUCGCUGGCGGAAGCGAUCGCGGCACUCAAACGCGGUGACGCAUCAACACUGUCAAAAAUAAUGGAUAAGCGAAAGCUGCAACAUCGAAAGCCUAAAGGAAGCAAGCGCAAGGUAAAGGACUCUGAAAACGCCGAGAUAGAGGAUACGAUAGAAAUUCACGACGAGGUGGGCUCGCUAACCCGCGCGCAGCUGAGAGCCUUUUAUCCGGCAGCUGUACAACUUGUUGCUCCAAGCGAUAACGAAGAGGAGGAAGGUAAUCGCCUCAAAGCUCGUGAGUGUAUUGCCGAGUUCACAACGCUUCUGGUUGAGGCCAAGGAUGCUUCAAUCGACAAGGAGGAGCUAUUUGCUGUAGCCCAAGAGCUUCACGAUCAGCUUUUGACUCUGAAAGGAGACAAAAAUCAAGUACUUGCCACGCAAGAAGCCAUAGCAUUGCUCUGUGAGUCUUGCUGGAGAUACAACUUGUGUGGACGCGCAUAUUCGUUGGUAACGCAGCUUCUGCCUUACUUAAUUGUGCGCAGUUAUGAAUCCCCAUCAACAGGUUUUUUUAACUCGAGGAAGCACCCGAUACGUCGGUUGUUUGCUGUAAAAAGUGCACUUUCUCUGCUUGAUUUUGAUGACGAUAGUAGCGGGUUCUUGAGAGAUAUCUUGUUGCGGUGCUUCAUCCAACCAACUUUUUUCAGAUCACCGGACGCGGUAUCAUUUUUAAGUUUUUUGUUCACUUUACACGUGCCAUUUAUCGAGGAUAUCAACGAGACCAUCAGAAAUCAGAUACCAAACCAGCGAAACUCAAUUCUCGUCAAAUAUGGUAGCAUCUACUUCAAGGCCUGGGUUAGUAGCAAGGAAAGUUGCAAGAAGAAAAUCGAAGAGGAGUGCAUUCAACGAUACGUCUGUGACGCAGUCCAUGCGAGUAGCCUCUCUCUCUUUAAUGCAGUACGCACAGUAUUGCAGAUAUUCUUCGAGAACAAACGACAUAUUGGUGUAGAUGAGAUGCUCUAUCGCAUUUGCAGCCCCAUUUUAUGGCGUGGAGUAAAAGCUCCUAACGAUUCGGUCCGUCGUCAAGCAACAAUACUGUUAUUUGAUAACUUUCCGCUCCGUGAUCCAUCGUUCAAUAAUGAAUUGAUGGACCUGACUUUACAGAAACAAUUUGACACAUUUGAAGAAAUCUUAGGUGACUCACAUCCAGCACUUAGGGUAGCAGCUAUUGAAGGUGUAUCAAAGGUGCUGUCUACAUACUGGGAGCUGAUUCCAGCUGAGACUAUUCGUUGCUUCAUUUCGAAGCUCGUUGUGGAUUUGGUAAAUGACGUGUCCUCCAGUACUGUCCGUGCUGCGGUAUUUGAAGGCGUUCAGUUCAUCCUCGACAAUCACAACUCACAUGCAAUCCUAAAACCACUCCUUCCGAAGCUCGCACCUUUGAUCAAUGACCGGAAUGAGAAAGUACGUGCUGAGUUUGGAGCUCUAUUGAUUCGGGUCAAGAGUAUCCGAAACUUACACUUUUACGACAUCGUUCCAGUUAACGACUUGCUUUAUCGUAUGGUAGAGGACCGUGACAGCCCAUUAGCAUGCAAGCAGCUGGUUUCCCUAUUCUUGAACUCGUACUUUCCUCAAAGCGUUGGAGGAUCUUCGCAAGUGGCUCGGUGUCUCGCUUUGGUAAAAAAAAAUCCAGAGGCUGCAAUGGUUGUCGUGCUAGAAAUUAUCGCAAAUGUUCUUCAUAGCGUGAACGUCAAGGUGUUCGGAGACAAUCGUUAUGCUGAAUGCAAAACCUUCCUGCGUGAGCAGCUGAACGUCAACUCUUUAGAAGCACUUCUACUAGCUUACAGCAAAGACCGUCCUUACGAUCAAGAAGCCCUCAGCUCUAUUUGGAGAAUCAUUGGCUACCUCGGCGACCUGGCUGAAGAAAAUUUGCUGGAGCGAUUGGUGGGAAAUUUUAUGGAAUUAAAUGCGACCUCCAACCGAAAACUUCUAGAGUCAAUGGUUAAUUGCAUGGUGCAGUGGGACCGGCUUCCGCUCUUGACAUCAAAAUUGGCAAAAUUUCUUCAUUUAUGGCGAAAAAACAAAUUACGCAUUGACACGGAUGGAUUUAAAUCAAAAAAAUCGACUGCGUUAAAAUUAAAUCCUGUUGUGGUACUUGGUACAAUUGAGUAUAUAUUUCAGCUUCCGACUGUCAAAAAUCUCAACACUCUUCUCCAACCUGUCGUUGAGGCCUUAAAUAAAUGCGUAGAGCCCGUUCUCGAAUAUGAGGUUGACGAGGUCAAAGAAGCAUAUAUGGCAAGCCCAUUUUUGAUUAUCCGUCUGAUAGAAAUUUAUGCAAGAGGCUUGGUGAUGGCUGAAUGUGCUCACGUGAAAGAUGAAACUUCUCUGCUGGUAGAGAAGUCAACCAAGCGCUUGAAAAAGAACGACGAUUUACGUGACUUGCAGCCUUCUGAAUUCUUCACCCCACCCAUGCCACUCAAUCCGCUAUUAUGUUGGCUGGCUCAGCUAAUGCUACACUUUCGCAAUGAAGUUGAGGUGGGAGAUGUAUCAAAGCGUGGAAAAAAGCGGCGACGGAAUAAAAAUACAGAUGAAGUCCAGCCAGCACCUUUGAAGGAGAUGCUGAACCGCUGGCGUAAUUUAUUUUCAUUCGUUUCAUUAAUGGCAGCCGAAAGCGCUGCAUUUGCACUUGAGCGCACACACUGGUUGCAAAAUGGCCCAGCAGCCGACUUUAUUGAUGCAUACACAGACACCCUGUCUGACACUUUGCAAAAAAUGAAGUUCUCCGAGCGCACAGUGUUUUACCAAGCUGGACAGCUUUUGCAUUUGCUGGGCAGCGCUAGAAUUCAAGCUCUCAGUUCUACGAAAACGAGUCUUGUGUCUUCUCUCGAGCAUUGGAUAAGCAAAUUACAGCAAGCUUUACUAAGCGCGCAUAAAAAGUAUCAAGAAAUGUGUGAUGACAUCUGGCCAACAAUCAGUGCUUCAUUCAACGAGCAAUGUGCACUGAAAGAAUCGGAAACAGUUGUGUAA